CACGUCCUACGACAGAAACGGCGUGGCGGAAGUGGUAGCGAUGACACCGCCGGUGUUGUUGUGAGUGAUGUAGCCCUGCCUCAUUCAUACGGUCACCGCCGCACCACCCUCCACGAACUCAGCCGGACCGUCACCUGUGUGUGCUGGCUUUCAACGUCAGAGGUUGUGGAAUGCUGCUGGACGAGACUCCACUUUUCGAGCCCUCUCUGCUUCAGGAGAUCGACUGGUGCAACAACACCGUCACCUUCUCUCCCCCCAUCUCACCGUCCAGUCCAGGAGAUGGUCUGGUGCUCAGGCCGCUGUGUAUGGCCGAUUUUAACAGAGGUUUCUUCAAAGUUUUAUCGCAGCUCACCCAGACUGGUGAUGUCACACCGGAGCAGUUUGCCAAGAAAUUCGAACACAUGAAGUCAACUGGAGACUACUAUGUGAUUGUGGUGGAAGACACAAAUGUGGGCCAGAUCGUUGCCACAGCCACACUGAUCACAGAACACAAAUUUAUCCACUCCUGUGCAAAGAGGGGCAGAGUGGAAGAGGUCGUUGUGAGUGAUAUGUGUAGAGGGAAACAGCUGGGAAAGCUGUUAGUCACUGCUCUCACUCUUCUCAGCAAAAAGCUCAACUGCUAUAAAGUGACCCUGGAAUGUGCUCCCAGAAACGUGUCUUUCUACCAAAAGUUUGGCUACGGCGCCUCCGAUGAGACGUACAUGCAGUGCAGGUUCUUUGACUGAAGACGGAUGCAGCUAGAAGGCUUUUUUUUUUCCAAAGGGGGGCAUGGACCAUUCAGAUAGAUCCAGAGACAAUUUUUGCUUUACAGAUGGAUGCGACGGAUCCUUAAAAACCUUUUUUUUUCAGGGUAAACACGUGAAACUCAGAUUCAUGUAAUUUAGUAUUUAUGGCAACGGUGGCAGACUUAUCAAUGACUCAUUUGUUAUCUUAACUCAGCGUCUUAUUUUUUUUUGUUACAUUGAAACAUGUUCUGUACCAUCAGAAAAAGCUGUAAUUUUAUGUAGGGAUUGAAGAGCCGAGUAUCAGACACUACAAAGCAAAAUGAAGUACAAGCACUUUUAGUACCAAAUGUACUGAAAGUCAGAGCAAAAAGCUUUAUACUUUUAUUACAAAUGGUACUAAACAUUUGCUUCACGUUAGGGUUUUAUGUUUGUGUAUUAAGUACGAGGUACUUUUUCUUUCCAGCUGUAAUGAUGUUCAGAUUCCUGCAAAACUGGAAGACUGUUAUGACGUUUCUACUGAAAGCUUUAAAAGCAGUGGGAAGGAUUUAAUAGGGCUUGUAAAGUUUUGUAUUUAGCCAAAAAACUGUAAUAAGUGAAGCAUUUUUAAACUGCUAAAAAAGAAAAGAGUAAAUUAAUUUAAGCUUUAUUUUAUAAUUCUGUUUUGGGGAACACUUGAUAUAACUUAUUAUAAAAAAUUAUAAAAAUAUAUAAAAAAAAUAAAAAGGUUCUUAAAACUUCUA